GAUAUGUACCUACAGACUUAAAAGUGCUGUUCUUCCCUCUUCUGUUAAGGAAGUGCUUCCUGUCACUCAUUUUCUCCAUAACCUCAGAUAAGUUUUCACUUGGUUUAAUGACAAUAAGCCUUCUCAUCUUACUGAGACAUGAUGUUCAGGGAAAAAAAUUCUAAAAAGCUUUUACAUAAAAGAAGUUUCAUAAUCACAAGCUAUAAAAAAGGGGAAAAUAUAUACUUACCGUAGGUACUUUUAUGAUGAAUUUCCUGACCUCAAUUUGAUUAAAAUCUCAACCUAAAGAUUGCAACAAUAUAGAUUUCUUUAAAGUUUAAUUGUUCAUUUCGCUGAACGUUGAAUGGAAACAAAACCUCAAGGUGGGGCAGGCAAAAGGGUGGUAGAACGGAAGGAGAAGUUAAGGACGGAGCUGCUUUGCAGAUCACAGUAUUUGAAAGUGAGCAGAUGAUUUGACAAGAAGCAAAAACCACACAACAAAAUACCUCAUAGUCUUUCUGCUCACUUUGUUUCACAAAAUCGCUCAGGCUCUUUCUAUUGUCCUCUUCCACCUCCUCUGUCUUCUCUUUUUAUUAUUUCACAAAUGCCACUGGGGUAGGUAACAUGAUCCAACGCUGAAGAAGUCAGAGAAGGAAAGAAAACCUACUUGAGCAAUUUUUCCAUCCCUGAUAUGCAUAGGCAAUGAAGACACUGCCAGACAUGCUUGGAAUUGGAAAAUUGUUUUGGGUCCUCUUCCUAAGACCACGCCCCGACAUUUGGAGCAUCCAUGGGGAAGAAUCAUGUGAUGUACAACUUUACAUUAAGAGACAGUCCAUACACUCUGUCUCAGCGGGAGAUCCCUUUGAACUGCAAUGCCCUGUGAAAUACUGUGAGGAGAGGCCUAAUGUGACUUGGUGCAAGAUCAAAGGAUCAGCCUGUUUAGAUCUUGGAGAUAGAUUUCAACCACACACAAGUUGGAAGGAAGACAAGAAUAUUUCAGUUUUUAUUCUACAUUUCGAACCAGUGUCUCCUAGUGACAAUGGGUCAUACCGCUGUUCUGCGAAUCUUUCGUCUAAACUCAUUACAAGCCACUCAACAACCAUUUAUGUGACAGAACAAAUUCAAAAUAAUUCAGAACUCCCUCUAAUAACAUUGACUAACAUUCCAGAUUCAACCAGUGCCUCAGGAAGACCCUUCAAGGAAGAGGUGGCAAACACACCAUGGCUUCUUUAUAGUUUGCCUCCUUUGGGGGGAUUGCUUCUACUCAUUUCCUGUUUCUGCCUGUUCUACUGCCUGAGAAGGCAACAAGGGGAACAAAAGAAGCUCUCUGAUACAGCGAAAAGGGACAUUAACAUGGUUGAUGUUCCCCAGCCCUUUAAGAGUGAGCAAACGGAAGAGGGCACUGGACAAAAUUCCCAAACACUGCCAUCAGAAACUGGAAUUUAUGAUAAUGACCCUGAAAUUUGGUCCAGGAUGCAGGAAGGAUCUGAAGUUUAUUCUCAACCACACCUGGAGGAAAACAAACACGACAUUGUUUAUGCGUCCCUGAACCAUUCCAUCAUUGGAAUAAACCCGAGACAGGCAAGAAAUGUGCAAGAAACACCGACAGAAUAUGCAUCCAUAUGUGUGAGGAAUUAAAUCUGGUCCUGACUCCAACCAGUGAUCAUUCCAUGAUCAGUGUGUCAACACCAUUGUCUGAGCCCAAAAGGAUGUCAAAUAAUAUUUGUUGACCUGACAAUUUUCACUUUAAAAAGGUUCAUGUUAGUGCUUGGGCCUUAUGAGUCCACAGUACAAAUGAUUAAAAUUUCCUCUGGAAACUCCUGUGGGAGACUUUUAUAUUAUAAUCUUUAACAACAAAGAUUUAUCUGCAAAAUUGAUUGAUAUCAUGAGUAGCAGAAUAAUACAUAUUUAAACAUAGCUGCAUUUUAUUCAAUAUAUAAACUCAAUCUUUCUUUUGGAGCAAUCAGAAAGACUUGCAGGAAAGAGAGAUUUGUGUUAUCUGGAUCAGUUCAAUACAGAAAGAAAAAAAGUCCUAAUUUGACUAACCAUAAAUACAGAAAUGAUUGUACAUUUCCAGUCAAUCUUCCACAAUAAGAAAUUUUCCCAUGUCAAGCUAAGACUGGUGUUUCUUAAAGGUAAAGGAGAAAUCAUUUUAGACUUGAUGUAGAAAAGAAUAGAAAGGAUAAAUGGCACAAUAAAGAUAUAGGAUAUAUCAUUCAGAUAUGGAUUGGAUGUUUCCUAUACCUGGCAAACAAAUGCUUAUAUCUACCCUGUUAGAUUGCUAAGCAAAUACAGAUAUUAAUGGAGCAUUUUUGAGCAAAGUGGUGAUUCAGUAUUUGGGUUUUAUAGACAAAUGCAUAUGAAUGUGACAUAAUGCUGCUGGAUUAAUAUAAUUGUGGAUAUCUAAAUAAACAAAUUAGUAAAAAUAUGAAUUAUUAGGCAAAUGAAGAUUAAUGGCUUCAAUUACUUCAUGCUUGACUUGAUAGCAAAUUAAAAGCAUAAUUAAUGGAAUAAAGAAAAGGCCAGAAUAUUUAGUAGGUUGGGGUCAACAUACUUUCAUCCACCACAUCUGUAUUGCUUUUCUUCUUACUAAGGAAUAGAGGCAAAUCAUAUGUAGUGAUGUAUUAUAGUUUGAUAAUCAUUUGUUUUAAAAAACUGAGGUUGCAGCCACUUAAGAGUAUAGCAAGAGGGGGCCAGGCAUGUGGCCCAGAUCUUAGGAGGCUGAGGCAGGAGGAUCACUUGAGCCGAGGAAUUGAAGUUUGCAGUGAGCUAUGAGGCCACCACUACACUCUAGCCCAGGUGACAGAGCAAGAUUCUAUUUCAAAAAAAAGAAAAAAAAAGAGUAUAGCAAGAGAUGGUUUCAGAUUUUUCUAAAUAUCCAGAGUACUUGAGGUUAAUUAUUUCCAAAAUAGUUUACAAUUCUAUUUAACAGUUUGAGGCUAUUAGAAUUCCCAGGUGCUGCUACUAAAUAAUGCAAUAAUCCUCAUACAAAGUGAAUAGCAAAGGUAGGAUCCAUUUUGAACAAAUAUAUGAGCUGCUGCACAAGUGAGUGUGAUCUCUAUGUUUGCGUGUGUGUGUUAGUGUAUAGACGGUAUGGGUGACUUAAAGAAAUGGUACAAAAGGAAUGGAUUAAAUUGCAUUCUGUUUUCUAUUUGUUUAUGGAGCACAAAAUACCAGAGUAAAUGGCUCAUUAAAGAAAAUAAUGUAUAAAAUUAUGGGGAUGGAAGUAUGAGUGUAGUGCACACACACAAAGAUAAAAUUGAGGUUUUAUAGUGGCGCUUUUCUUAUGUAAUACUGACGUUAAGUUUUAGCUCCUUAGAUUUGGAGCUGCAGAUAUUGUUUUGAGUCACAUAUUGUUUUGAUAGCUAAUUUAUUUAUUUUUUGAUAUCCAUCUAUCAAUAUAACAUUAUUACAGCUAGAAUUUUAAGCAACAAAUUCUAAAUAGGCUCUUUCAGCCAAACUGCAUUUGUGGAUGACUUAUGUAAAAGACAUAUUAGAAUGGGUGCUUGUGGUAAUCUUAAAAAUAGAAACAGGAAGGAAAGGGAGGAUACAUUUAUCAGAUGAACGCACAAAGCUGAACGAACAGUUCCUUCAUUAUUCUCUCCAAUUCAAAAACAGAAUAUUUUGUCUAUUGUCAUUUUAGGGUCUUCUUAGUAUAACCUAUAGUAAAGAUAAUGUUAUAGUGAUUUCACUUCUGUAAGUGAUUUUUUUUGUUGUAUGUGUAUCACCCUUGCUAAAAUCACAAAUCAUUUAUGUUUUUAUUCCUUCUUAAUAAAAGGUGUCAAAGAUGUAUAUGUAUUUCCCCAAAUAAGUCUAUUUCAGUAUUAUUUACAUGGCUUAUUUUAUUAAUUUAUAGGUGGUUUGAGAAAAAUUAUAUAUGGAUAAUUUAAUGAUUUUGCAUGUACUUUAAUUUUGUUGAGUGUUAUAAAUAAGAAGAUAAAUUUAUUAAACUUAUUUAAAAUCCAUUUGGCAUUUGCCUUUGUACCAAAAAAAUGUAUGAGCAUGAAUAGAAGAGUGAUUCUUAAACCCUAUGGUACAUAAAAACAACCUGAAUUAACUUGCUGAACUGCAGAUUAUCAACUCCCAGCAUUAAGAAAUUCUGAUCCAGUAGGUAUGGCUCUUUAGUCUUCAUCUUUAAAAGACAUCCCAGAUGAUUUUGAUGUAAGUGCCCCAGUGAUCACAAUUUGAGAAAUGCUGAAGUAGAAGGUAGGUUUGCUACAUGUGGUUUAUUUGAUCAGUUUUGUGUACCAAUCAAGACUACCUCUUGCUUGAUCAUAUUUAUUUUUUUAUACAUAGAGACUUUUUUUCAGAGCAAUUUCAGAUUCAGCAAAGCUAAGUGGACACAUAUCCGCCAUUAGAGUGACUUACAGAAUAGUUUCACUGCCCUAAAAUCUGUGCUGCUCCUAUUCAUCCCUACUUCCCUCCCAACACCUGGAAAUUACUUAUUGUCUCCAUAGUUUUGCCUUUUCCAGAAUGUCAUAUAGUUGGAAUCAUAUCCCAUGUAGCCUUUUCCAAUUGGCUUUUUCACUUAGUAAUAUGCAUUUAAGUUUCUCCUGUGUCUUUUAAUGGCUUAUAGCUCAUUUCUUUUUAGUGGUGAAUGAUAUUUCAUUGUCUGAAUGUACCACAAUUUAUUUAUCCAUUCAUCUACUAAAGGACAUCUUGCUUGCUUGCAAGUUUGAACAAUUAUGAAUAAAGCUGCUGUAAACAUUUAUAUGCGGGGGUUUUUUGUGGACAUAAGUUUUCAACUCAUU